UAGUGCACUACGUAGGGCGAAGAAGCUAAUGUUUUAUACCCUACAUAUAGUGCACUUUUAUAGAGAGUUAUUCGUAUUAGUAUUGCGCCAGGGGGUGUGUGUUGUUCCUGUAAUGGCCGCUAGAGGGCGCGCCGACUACACGCAACCCUGACGUAUAUAAAAAUAGCUGAAUACUAGAUGUACGUAAAGGCACUACGGAAAACUAACAGGAUUCCAUACCGUUUGCGUAGAUUGCGUAGCUUAAUAGCUCAAAAGCGCAGAAGUCAACGCUAACGCCUUUUACGUAGGUUGACUAGCAUAGCUGAAUAGCGCUUACGCAAAUGCUCUAAACGCUAACAUGGGGAAAUUCGGUUUGCAGUUUAAAGCCACGCUGGAGAACGUUACACAUGUCAGACCUGACGGAGACGACUUCCGCUGGUAUUUAAAGCUGAAGUGUGGGAAUUGUGGUGAAAUCUCAGACAAAUGGCAGUAUAUCACAUUGCUGGACAGUAUGCCGCUGAAAGGAGGACGAGGCAGUGCCAGUAUGGUUCAGAAGUGUAAGCUGUGCUCCCGGGAAAACUCAAUAGAUAUCCUGAAGGACACCAUCACGCCAUAUAACGCGGAGGACAGUGAGAGGUUCAAGACGAUGGUGCAGUUCGAGUGUCGAGGCCUCGAGCCGGUUGACUUCCAACCUCAGGCUGGAUUUGUGGCUCAGGGCGCAGAGACGACCUCUCAGUUCUCUGAAAUCAACCUUCAGGAGAAAGACUGGACGGACUACGACGAGAAAGCUGGCGCGUCAGUGGGCAUCUACGAAGUCACACAUCAGUUUAUCAAGUGUUGAGAACGUUGGAGAUGGAGCACAAACACUGUAGCUGGAGAUCCAAUGAGGAAAAAGAGACCUUAUACGAGGAAUAUUCAUAAAAUUCAACAAAAAUGCUUUCAUUAUUAGUGUUGAAUUGUAAAUGGAUGUGUUUGGGAAUACAGGCAGAGAACAUUCACUACAUGAAAGAUGACCUGUGCUUUGGAGAUGAAGGUUUGUAGUAAAAUAAAGUUAUGAAAGAAUUGC